AUGUACGAAAGGGUGGUCGUUGCCGGCCUGCUCCCUGUAUCCGCCGCAUUAUUCACUCCUAGCGAAGCUCAAGACCCAAGCCUUCAACCGCCUUUGCCGUUUAUCGCCGCCGACCUCGAUGUCGUCAUUGCUUCUGUCCACUUGUCGGCGCAGCAGCCUCUCUCCCAUACCCUUGCAUUGGCAGCCUACGUGCCCAAGCCAAGUCUGCCACCACAGCUCAUCACCGACGCCGACGCCGAGCUCCCAUGGAUCGUCUCGGCGCCGAUCUGA